AACGUCCGCCUCCUGGCCCUAUAAAGGUUCCUUCAUCGUCUCCUUAAUAAUUUCAAUCGAUUGGAGACGCGAGCGGUGGCUUGGCUUCCGGAGGCAUCCUUCUCUUCCGUGCGGCUUCCGAUUCACGCUUCCCUGCCUUAAUAGCAAUCGGCAAGGCUGCGAAAGUAAGAAAGGGAAUCGAGGGAGAAGAUGCAGGGUGGAGGCAGACGCAGAGCUGGUGGCAUGGACGAUUUCUUCGGCUUCGGAGACCCCUUUGCCGGUUUCCCUGGGUUUGCGAAUCCGAGGAGCCUCCUAAUGUCGAAUUUCUUUAGUCGGGACCCAUUCGACGACCCUUUCUUCAGCCGCCCUGGCUUCUUUGGCUCUGAUGUCUUCGAGGAUCCUUUCUUCACUCGCCCCUUCGGCAGCAUGUUCGGGAUCGCUGAUGGUUCGCGUGCCAACAGAGGCUCUUUCCCCUCGGCUUUCAUACAGGACGCACCUCCUCAGGCACGUUCGUCCACUAGAGGACCUGUCAUCCAAGAAUUAUCAUCGGACGGUGAAGAUGAGUCGGAGCAGCAGAAAGAUGAUUCCAGAAAUCAGGCGAAUGCUACCAAUAACGGGCCGGUUGUCCAAGAACCUGACGAAGACGGAGACGAAGAGCGGAGGGCGAGCCGGUGCGUUCGUCAGCGUAGUGACUAUUAUGGGGGUCAGAGGACGCAACCACAGGCCCGCACUUACAGCUUCCAGAGCUCUACGGUGAGAUAUGGAGGAACCAACGGAGCUUACUAUACUUCAUCUAUGACUAGAAAGACUGGAGGCGAUGGGGUGACUGAAGAAGAAUAUAAGGAGGCCGACACGACAACGGGCAAAGCGACUCAUCGUUUAUCACGUGGUAUCCAUGACAAGGGCCACUCCGUAACCAAACGUCUCAAUUCUGAUGGGAAUGUGAACACUGUACAGACGCUGCACAACCUGAAUGAAGACGAGCUUUCGAGCUUUAAGAAUGAUUGGGAAGGGAAAGCAUCGCAGCAUCUGCCUGGUUGGAACCAAGGUUUUAGCGAGUUGGAGCAUGGGAACAUUGGCACUGGUAGACAGGCAGCGGGGAGCAGGAGCAGAGGAUGGGCGCUUCCAUCGAAUGAGCCGUCGGUCGAUGCGGAUCAGAGGAUGACGGGGAAAGCGCAUGCGCAUGAUGCUUAUACUGGUUCUCAGCCAACUUCACGUUAGCUUCCUCUCCUUGCAUUCCCACGCACCAUUGUGGUGAUGCUGUGAUGGGGAGUUGAGAUUACCUUUUCGCUGUACUGCUUUAUGGUUAGAACUCUUAUGUCAGUGGAGGGUUUAUGUACUGAAUCAAGUGAUCCUGCAGUGCAUUUGGGUUGUUUUCACCCCGUUCUCUCAGGCUCUGGACAAUUAACUAUCACAUUGGCUGUCAAUAAAUGUUUUCUAGAGAA